AUGCGAAAGGAGGAACCACUGGGCGACUCUGGCAUCGGGACAAAUGGAAGAAUUUCUGGCGCCCACUCCACCAGUUCGAAGACCAACGGUAGUCAAGGUGAUCAAGCACCAGAAUCACCGCCUAACAGAAAUCCAACACCGUCAUACAACAACCCUGCUAUAAUUCGAGGAUGUUCAUCGUGUGAAACUUCUGCAAAAAUCGAAAGCUUGAUCAAGCACAACGUUACCAAUUACAGAUUUGUACUCAACAAAUAUUUAAUUUCUAAAAGUGGAACGCUCACCAACUUCUGA